AUGGGCUAUAAGUCUUUACAAAUGUCUAUAUUGCAAAUCAUUUUUUAUGAAGACAAGAGCUUCCGGGGCCACUAUGAAUGUAGCAGUGACCACCUUGACCUGCGGUCCUAUGUGAAACAAUGCAAUUCCAUCCAGGUGGAAAAAGGCAGCUAGAUGAUUUACAAGAACCCCAAUUACUUGGGACACCAGCACUUUUUAAAAAGGGGAGACUAUCCUGACUUCCAGAAGUGGUUCAGUCUCUGCAAGUCCAUCAGGUCUUGCCAUGUAAUCCUACACAAUUCUGUUUCCCACAAGAUUCAGCUCUGUGAAAAAGAGGAGCUCCAAGGCCAAAUGUUGGAGCUCACUGAUGAUUGCCCAUCAGUCCCAGGCUACAUCCAUCUCCCCAAGAUCUGCUCCCUCAAUGUUUUAGGUGGCUCUUGGAUCUUGUAUGAAACGCCCAACUUCAGGGGCCGACAGUAUUUACUGAAACCCGGGGAAUACAGAAGAUCCCGAUGGGGUGCAGUAAAUGCCAAAAUUGUCUCUUUGCAGAGGCUGGCUGAUGUGCACUGA